AGAACAAUUUUUUUUUUUAAAUUUAUCUAACUUGUGAAAAAAAAGGGAGAGAUGAGUGAGAGAGGUUCAUAAAGACCAUGCGGGAUGUCAUUAAACCUGAGGUGGUCGGAUUCAUAAAGGAAUUCCAUGAACAAGGUCGAUUAGUAAGAGGAUCAAAUGCUCCUUCAUCGUGUUGAUCCCAAAACGGAGAAUCCCCAAAGGAUAGAAGAAUAUAGACCCAUCUCCCUCAUAGGAGUCAUGUAUAAGGUUGUCGCAAAACUACUGGCAAACCGUCUUUGCAAAGUGCUGGAUACGAUUAUUGGGGAACAACAGAUGGCAUUCAUUAAGGGAAGACAGCUAGUGGAUGGAGUUGUGAUUGCUAAUGAGGUAAUUGAUGAGGCGAAGAAGAGGAAGAAGAAGAGUUCUCUAUUCAAAGUUGAUUUUGAGAAAGCAUAUAAUAAGGUGUGUUGGAAUUUUAUUGAUUAUAUGUUGAGUAGAAUGGGAUUUUGUGAUACCAGGAAGAGAUGGAUACAAGAGUGUUUGGAGUCCAGCAUAGUUUCAAUCUUAGUCAAUGGAAGUCCAACACGAAAAUUCUCGGUCACUAAAGGCAUCCGACAAGGUGAUCCAUUAUCUCCCUUUUUAUUCCUAAUUGUGGCUGAGGGACUAAAUGGAUUGAUGACAUCAGUAGUUGAGAAGAAGCUCUAUAAGGGAGUGGAAGUCGGAAAUGAAGCAAUGACAGUUACCCAUUUGUAAUUCGCGGAUGACACUGUAUUCUUUGGGGAGGCAUCAGAGGAAAAUAUAAGGACAAUUAAAUG